AUUCGGUGUCAUAUCAUUUUCUGCGAAUAACUUCUGGCCCAACUGAUUUAAACAUUACUUUCGACUUUUCUCGUGUUUAUCGAUCAUACUUUUCGUCCACUUGUCGCCAUCUCCCAUCGCCUCGAGCGACGUCCCCUGAACGCGGAACCGUUUUAGUUUGCGGAGCGAAAAGUGACACAACGAUUGGAUAUCCAUACGGCAUUUUGAUCAGUGUCAACCGUGGGUUUUAUAUAACUUACCAGUCCAGCCGGAUAUGGUCUGAUUGUCUACGAAAUGGUUGGUAUCGGGUCGCGUAUGUCUACUGGGACUCAGAACUCUGGCGGCCCGGGAAGCCGGCCGUCGAGUAAAGAUGGCAACAAGAAGAAUAUCUGGUCUUCUAUGUUAGACAGUGUGGCUAGUGGUAAACGACUACCAGAGAAGAAUAUGAUUGUGUUAGGAGGCACACCAGAAAGUCAAAGAGAGUUUUUGGAUACAUUCUCCUCGGAUCCUUCAGACCCGUCGCUACCAAACGAGAGGAGAAAGGGAAAAGUCGCCCCUCUUGCGAAUGAAUUUGCUUUGGGGUACACAUAUCAAGAUGUCCUCGAUGCGGAUCACGAAGAUAUCCUUGCACGAGUCUCGAUAUACCUCCUUUCCGACCCAUCUCCCUCCUUUGCACCUCUUUUACGGCCUCUCUUAACACCUCAGUCCGUUCCAGAAACGCUAAUUGUAAUACUCCUUGACUGGUCUUCUCCUUGGACCUGGGUUCGGCAACUACGCGAAUGGAUCCGACUCUUAAGAUCAGUAAUGAUAUCGUUGGAAGAUUCGACCAAAAUAGUUAUGGAGGAGGUCAUGAUGGAAUGGAAGGAUAAAAAGAGAGGAUUGGAUCCCAACUCGGCAACGAGUGUCACGAAUUCUGGAGGGCCGGUAACGAUACCUUUAGGACCAGGUGAAUGGGAUGAGGGACUUGGAGUUCCUCUAUGCGUUGUCUGUCAAGGGGCAAAUAAAAUAGAACAAUUGGAAAAGGAAAAUGGCUGGCGAGAAGAAGAGUUUGACUUUAUUCUUCAAUUUAUGCGAACUAUUCUGCUGAAACACGGUGCCUCACUCAUCUACACCACACCAUUCCUCGCAAACUCUUUACAAAGUUUGAUCCAUUCGACCUUGGGUAUACAUUCGUUAUUAAGAAGACAAUCCCUCAAACACAACGUCAUAGAUCGGGACAAGGUCCUUGUACCGGCCAACUGGGAUUCUUGGGGCAAGAUUCGUAUUAUCCGAGAGGGGUUUGAUAUUGAGGGAGUCGGCGAUGCAUGGUCUAUCGAAAUUCAAGAGUCAUCACGGCAUUUGCUUAAUGGUGCGAGACAAGACGAGGACGUCGAGACGACAGGCGUACCUACAUCUCCCAUUGGAGAAGAUGGCUCAAGCGCCGUCGCCAUCUACGAGCAAACUAUCAAGGAUCCUAAACAAGAUUCCGCCGCUCCGGGAAGCGGUGUCAAUGCGAACAGGAACAAGAUCGAAAUAGAGACGGAGGAUAUGCAGAAAUUCUUAAACCAGCAACUCACUAAACUGGACCAACUCAAGGCCGAAGACGAAAAGGACCGGGAAGCCAAGAAAGUACCAAAGGCUCUUGAAAUGUCUCCUCAUUUUGACGAAUCUGGGCAUGUUAAUGAACAUAUCGGGCCUGUACAAUUCAAUAUGGGAGGUAUCCAAGUUGAUGCUGACGACAUGUUGAGGAAAUUGAAGGAACGAGAGGCCAACCGUACACCGAAGAGAGAAGCCAUCCCAUCUACCGGGCCAACCGAUGAGAAAGCACAGAACCAAGCACUCGCCAGCUUCUUCGCAGGACUUGUCAAAAAGCCCGGCGGCAGUCCGCGCAGCAGUCCAGCACCUAACUCUAAUCAAUAA